AAAAACAAAAUAACAUUAGAGAAAAACAAAAAAGAAAUAUUUGGCUUUAUAGGAAAGGACUAUUGUUUGUUGUGUUGUUACCUUUCUCCAUAACCCCUUCACUCCCAUCUCAACAACAACAACAAACCAAACCGAAUCAAACGGAACAACGUAGUACACUACUGUUUCUUUCUUCACUCCACAAUUCAUGUUCAUACUAAUUAGGGUUCAUCUUCCCACAUUACUACUAAUAACUAGUUAUUAAUUAAUCCCUCACUAAUCACUUCCUACAUUACUAAAAACGAUCCAUGAGGGUUUGGGUUUUGGGUUUGUGUUUGUCACCCUAACCUAACUCCGAAGCUAAUUUCCUCCGAAGCUCAAUAUGGGUGUGAGUGUAGGGAAAGCUUGGAGUUUAGGAAUGUUAUCGACGAACCUAGCUCUGUUACCAAACAACAAAAAGAAACAUGUUUGUUCUCAACAACAAAGGAAAACAAUCACGAUCUCUUGGUCUCUUGUUUGUGGUUUCAUGCUUUUCAUUUUGGGUUUAAUUUCGCUUUUUACUGGUCACAUGCUUUCUGAUCUCGAAUGGUACUCUCAUCGAUUGGUUCAUCCUAAUUUCUACUCUAGAUUGGAUGGUAAUUACCGUGCCCCAAUUGAUAUUUGGAAAUCUAAAUUGUCUAAAUACUACUAUGGGUGUAGUGACAGAGGGCGCGAUUAUGCUCCUGCUGUGCCUGAGCAGAUGUCAAAUGGCUACUUGCUUAUUGCAGCUAGUGGAGGAUUGAAUCAACAAAGAACCGGGAUAACAGAUGCUGUAGUUGUUGCACGGAUUCUUAAUGCUACGCUGGUUGUACCUGAGUUGGAUCAUCAUUCUUUUUGGAAGGAUGACAGUGACUUUAUCAAUAUUUUUGAUGUUGAUUGGUUCAUUUCUUAUCUCGCAAAAGAUGUUACUAUUGUCAAAAGAGUUCCUGAUAAGGUGAUGAGGUCAAUGGAAAAACCCCCAUAUACAAUGCGCGUCCCAAGGAAAUCAGAGCCUGAUUAUUAUCUUGAUCAAGUUUUGCCAAUACUUUUGAGACGACAGGUUGUACAAUUGACAAAGUUUGACUUUAGACUUGCGAAUCACCUUGAUGACGAGCUGCAAAAACUAAGAUGCCGUGUUAAUUAUCAUGCUUUGAGAUUUACAAAACCUAUACAAGAACUUGGUCAAACAAUUGUUAUGAGAAUGCAAAAGAUGGCUCGUCGGUUCAUAGCAGUCCAUUUGAGGUUUGAACCAGAUAUGCUAGCAUUUUCAAGUUGUUAUUUUGGUGGUGGAGAUAAAGAAAGAAACGAGCUUGGUGAAAUCAGAAAAAGGUGGACAACAUUACCUGAUUUGAGUGCAGAUGGAGAACGUAAGCGAGGGAAAUGUCCUCUUACUCCUCAUGAAGUGGGUUUGAUGUUGCGUGCACUUGGUUUUACAAAUGACACAUACCUCUAUGUUGCGUCGGGAGAGAUAUACGGAGGGGACGAGACUAUGCAGCCUCUCAAAGAUCUUUUCCCCAACAUCUAUACAAAGGAAAUGCUUGCUGAUGAAGAGCUGAAACCUUUCCUUCCGUUCUCAUCCCGCCUUGCUGCUGUAGACUACAUCGUUUGUGAUGAAAGUGAUGUAUUUGUCACCAACAACAAUGGCAACAUGGCCAAGAUUCUUGCUGGUCGAAGGAGAUAUAUGGGUCACAAAAGAACAAUUAGACCGAACGCAAAGAAGCUUAGCACGCUUUUUGCCGGGAGGCAUCAGAUGGAUUGGCAUACCUUCUCCAAAAAGGUUAAGGCUUGCCAAAGAGGAUUCUUGGGAGAGCCAGACGAGAUGAGGCCUGGACGCGACUAUCAAGAAUUUCCCAGCUCUUGUGUGUGCGAGAGACAAUAUGUGAAUGAAGAACCCGGUACAAAGAUUGAUACCUGACUGGUUGACUGCAAAAGAUAAAUCAAUGUUCAAAGGAACUUUGGACCAGGGGGUUAUUGUGUAGGGAAUGUUUCCUCACUAGGCUGUUUUCGUCGGCAGAAUAUUGAUCGAUCAAAUGCGGCAAUGCCUUCAUUUUCACACUCCAAUUGUAAUUGUAAAUCAUCAGGAGGGUAGGAUAAAUGAGUGGCUUAGUUUAGGUUCUAGAGACAUCAAUGUGUUGCCAAAUGUUAAUAGAUAAAUAUAAAUACAUAUGCUUUGUGUAAAUUACA